CUACGGUCCAGAAGAAAUAAUCCUGCAAGUGGAAUCUACGGUCCAGAACCUCUCUUGUGAAGACGGACAUAAAACGUGUCGGGCAUUGUGCUUCUACCUCCUCUUCCUCUCGUCUAGCUUUUCCAUUCUCUUCAUUUCUCUCUGUUAUACGACUCGUCGCUCCUUCCCGUCAAGCUUCAAGCUUGCAGCUAUGGAGUCGUCUUCCCCGUCUGUGCCGUUCCCGCUCUUGAAGGAUCCAGCUCGUUACACGCCUUGCACAAUAAAGUACUUCGAUCCCGCCGCUGGGGACGAUUAUACGAAGCCGACAAAGGUCUCUACGAUGUGGAUUGAAGUCUUCCGGAAGAGUAUUCCCUCUUUCAGGGCACGAGCAGCAGCUGAUAGUUCUGUCAAUGACGCGGAAGAGAGGGCAGAAAAAUUUGCACAGAGGUAUGGAGAGAUGCUUGACGAUUUGGACAGAAACCCAUUGAGGCAUGGGGGUCCAUUCGAUUGUCUUAUGCUGUGCCGAUUGCGGGACUUAGUUCUAAGAGAGCUCGGAUUUGAAGAUAUCUUCAAAACAGUAAAGGGUGAAGAGAAUGAAUCUGCCCUGAAGCUACUUCCCAGUCUGCUUGAAGAAAUAGAUCUCAUUAACGACGGUGUACAAAGGUUGGAGCGGUUGAUAAAGGGGGUGUUUGCUGGGAACAUCUUUGAUCUAGGUGCUGCAAAGACAGCAGACCUGUUUGAAAAAGGGCAAACAAACUUCAAGCAAGUUCUCGGGAAGCUUGUGCCACGACCAUGGGUCAUUGACGAUCUUGACCGUCUAAAGCAGCGUUGCGCAUCUGGGCCGCGGUACAAGAAGGCUGUCAUGUUCGUUGACAAUGCAGGAGCUGAUGCCUUGCUUGGGAUGGUGCCAUUGGCACGAGAGUUUGUGAAGCGAGGUACCAAGGUUGUGCUGGCAGCCAACGAAGUUCCUUCUAUUAAUGACAUCACGUGUUAUGAACUACGGGAUGCUCUAAGCCAGAUUGAUGAUGACGACAUCGUGCUUGCUUUGGACUCAGGAUCACUUUGUGUUGUGUCCUCAGGAAGUGAUCUGCCAGUCAUUGAUUUGCUGAAUGUAUCUCCAGAGCUCGCAUGGGCUGCAGACGAUGCAGACUUGGUUGUUCUGGAAGGAAUGGGCCGGGCGAUCGAGACAAAUUUGUAUGCUGAGUUCAAGUGCGACAGUCUCUGUCUUGGAAUGGUGAAGCAUCCUGAAGUAGCAGAGUUUCUUGGCGGUACGCUUUAUGAUUGUGUUUGCAAGUUCACAGAAGGCCAUUGACUACUGAGCACUUCUUAGGUUAGACCAGUCAUUAUUUGUCAUUUUCUAAUUUGUUGCUUACCUAUAGCUAUAGCCAUGGCUAUACUUUGGCACCCACCUAUUUAGGUUGCUACUUGAGGUUAGAUGGGCUGCCUGCGUAGGUAGGUCGCCAAUUCUUUUUAUAUAGCCUAAGCUCUCUCGGCAUGCGUAGGUGGCGCACCUAACCACCUCAGCUCUUGGCCAGAGCUGAGCAGGUUAGGUAAUAAAGUAAUUGACCAGGU